CUCCACAGCACUGGUCACAAGCCCAAUGUGUGUGCGGAGCAGGAGCUCUCGAUGGUGGGUCUCCGCCAGCCGUGUGUCCAAGCUUUCACUCGCAUGGUGAGGGUCUGGAGGCAGGGCUGCACCAACCAGCGCUGGUGUGUGGGCUAUGAGAGGAGAACAGGGUACUACACAGUCUAUAAGCAGGUGUACAGCAUAGAUGUCCACACUGUCUAUCGGUGUUGUCCAGGGUGGACGCGGCAGGGUGAUGACCGUGGCUGUUUACAGCGUAAGUGUUUGGCUGGGACAUGCUUCAAUGGGGGCAAAUGUGCUCCAAGUGGUGCCCAGCUGUGUCAAUGUCCAGCGGGGUUCCAGGGGCCACGAUGCCAGUAUGAUGUCAAUGAGUGCGCAGCUGACAAUGGGGGAUGUGAGGGUCAGUGCUGUAACACCAUUGGGAGCUUCUACUGCAAGUGUCCUCAGGGCCACAGUCUCAGCCUGGGUGGAAGGACCUGCAAAGAUGUGGAUGAGUGUGUGGAGCUAAACGGCGGCUGUCAGCAGACCUGUGUCAAUAGUGCAGGUUCCUUCUACUGUGAAUGCAGCGAGGGAUUCCGUCUACACAGCGAUGGACGAACCUGUAUUGCGCUGAACUCCUGCUUUGUAAAGAAUGGGGGCUGUGAACACAGGUGUGUCGACAUGGGUGAUAACCACUACAAGUGUGCAUGCUGGCCAAACUACCAGCUCAAGAGCGAUGGAAAGCACUGUGAGCUAAGAGACCCCUGCAUGGAGCAGAAUGGCGGCUGUGCUCAACUCUGCAGCAACGAACGUGGCCAGCCUGAGUGCAGCUGCCAUUCCGGCUACCGACGGGCCGCUGACCGCAAAGGAUGUGAGGAUGUUGACGAGUGCAGUUUGGGGCAAGCUAAGUGCACUCAUCGCUGUGUCAACAUCCUCGGCUCGUUCAAAUGCGUCUGCGACCCUGGAUUCGAGUUGGGGUCUGAUGGGAAUCAGUGCUACCGAAUUGAGAUGGAGAUUGUCAACAGCUGUGAGAACAACAAUGGUGGCUGCUCUCACACCUGUGAACACACCAGUAAUGGCCCCCUGUGUGCCUGUAACCAUGGUUAUGAACUCACUACAGACAGGAAAAACUGUGUAGACAGGGAUGAGUGUGAGAGUGGUGAGGCCUGCUGCAGCCAGUUCUGUAGGAACUACCCUGGGGGCUAUGAGUGCAGCUGCAAGGCUGGAUACACACUACACAGCAAUGGCUGUAGCUGUGAGGAUGUGGACGAGUGUCUUGCUGGGAAUUCUGGCUGUGACCACUUUUGUGUAAACACCCUUGGAAGUUUUGAGUGUAUCUGCAGAGCAGGGUUCCGCCUGGACUACGACCAGCGCUCUUGUGUCCCUCUUUACAACAGCGAACUUGACAUAGAUGAAGAUGGGGACGAGGAAGAGCUGGAGGUGUUGCGCCUGCCAGACUUGCUGUUGCGGCAAACUCCGCAGCUUCUGCACUACAGUGCGGAUCUACACUCGUAUGAAGACGACGAGGGCGAGGAUGACCUCCGAGCAGAGCUCAGGCUUGCUAGCAAAAGUGUGUGUUUGGAUGGCAGCUUUGGUGAGGAAUGUGCUCUGAGCUGUGAUGAUUGUGAGAAUGGGGCAGUCUGUGCUGUAGAGGGAGACCGAUGCGACUGCCUGCCAGGGUGGACUGGCAUUGUCUGCAACAAGACUUGUCCUCAGGGAACCUUUGGGUCAGCUUGUAACAGUACCUGCCUGUGUAAGAAUGGAGGAACCUGCGACCCCGUGACUGGACGGUGUCACUGUCCCCAAGGUGUUGAGGGGAACUUCUGUGAAGCCGGGUGCCCACAGGGCUUUUUUGGACAAAACUGUAUCCGGAGAUGUAACUGUCCCAGCAACAUCCCCUGUCACCGUCUCUAUGGGGUCUGUCUGUGUGACCCAGGGCUGUACGGACGAUUCUGUCAUUUAGCUUGUCCCAGCUGGACGCAUGGAGCAGGAUGUUCACAGGAAUGCAGCUGUGUGGUGGAGAACUCUGUGGGUUGCAAUGCGAAGAAUGGCUCUUGUACUUGCAAGCCUGGUUACCAUGGAAACAGGUGUCAGUUAGAGUGUGACUCUGGGUUUUACGGAGAAGGCUGUACACAGAGAUGCAUCUGUCCUGUUGGUAUACUGUGUGAUCCCAAGACUGGAGAGUGUUCCCAGAAAUGUGCCGCAGGACUUCAUGGGGAGCGAUGUCAACUGGCCUGUGAUCAUGGACACUUUGGGGUAAACUGUGAAAUGACAUGUGAUUGUGGGGGCGCACCGUGUGACCCGCAGACCGGCCAGUGUGUUUGUCCUGCAGGGAAGACUGGUUUAGCAUGUGAGAAAGACUGUCCAGAGGGAUUGAGGCGCAUCAAGUGCCAGUUCCUUUGUGUCCUCAUGGGAUCCUGGGGGAAACGGUGCUCACACCAGUGCCAGUGUGCCAGCGGUGACCUGGGAUGUGACCCUGUGAAUGGGCGAUGUGUGUGUGAGGCAGGGUUCACUGGAGACCGCUGUGAGCAAAAGUGUGCCCCAGGGACUUAUGGGUCAGGUUGUGAGCAGACCUGCCGAUGUGAGAACAGGGCCACCUGUGACCAUGUGAGCGGAGCCUGCUUAUGUUCUUCAGGGUGGAUCGGGACCUUCUGCGAGACAUCGUGCCCGGGCGCCUUUUACGGCCUCCACUGUGGCCAGAUGUGCGAGCGCAGGAACGGUGCCCGUUGCGACCACAUCACAGACGCCUGCCCCUGCACCCCCCAGCUGGCCUGUCCAGAUGGUUACAAUGGAGAAAAGCAGUGCAGCGAGUGUGAACACAGUAUCAGUUGCCACCAUGUGACAGGCGUGUCCUGCCCACCAGGUAUGUUUGGUGUGAACUGCACCCAGCAGUGCCAGUGCCCCUGGGACCACCAACAAUGCAGUCCAGUCACUGGAGAGUGUGCAUGCUUGCCUGGUUACCAUGGAAACCGCUGCCAGCUCAAGUGUCCAGAGGGAACGUACGGCCUAGACUGUAAGAAGAGAUGCGAGUGUGCCAACGGGGGGCACUGUGAGAGCAUCACUGGUACCUGCGAGUGCCCCCCGGGCUUCCUGGGAGCAGAUUGCGGAGUCGCUUGUCCACCUGGGCGCUACGGAAAGGACUGCAACCUGACGUGUCGCUGUGGGGAUGGAGCGCAGUGCCACCCGGCGACAGGGAGGUGCAGCUGCACGGCGGGCCGUGCGGGACAGCACUGUGAGCAAGAACGGGACUUUCCAUGUUCUCCACUGUGCCGUUGCGCUGCCCAAGCCUGCCCCGGGGAUCGCUUCGGAGAGCGGUGUCUCGGCGUCUGCGCGUGCCGCAAUGGAGCGGCGUGUGACCCCCGUGACGGGACAUGCCGCUGCGGCCUGGGCUGGACCGGGCGCCACUGCGAGAGAGAGUGCGUGCAGGGAAAGUACGGGGCCCACUGUGAACUGGACUGCGCUUGCCGAAGCAACGGGACGUGCGAUCGCUUCACCGGCGCCUGCCAGUGCGCGGCGGGGUUCUACGGGCCCUCCUGCCAACACGGAUGCCCAUCUGGGUUUUUUGGACAAGACUGCGCCUACAAAUGUGACUGCAAGAACAGCCAGUCGUGUGACCGCGUGACGGGACGUUGCUUGUGUCCUGCUGGCUACCAGGGGUCCCGCUGUCAGAGACAGUGCGAUGCCGGCACAUUUGGAGAAAACUGCCACGAGAGGUGCGACUGUGAAGGGGGCGCACCUUGCCAUCCAAGCACAGGACGGUGUCUCUGUCCGUCUGGGACGGCAGGGGAUCGAUGUGAAAAAGGGUGCGCGGAGGGUCGGUUCGGACCCAGCUGCUCCUUACACUGCCAGUGCAGCCACGGGGGGCGCUGCGAUGCCCACAACGGUCGCUGCAUGUGCCUAUCACCUUGGAUGGGGCCCACCUGUACAGAAGAAGCUGCUCCUGCCCAGUGGCCCACUUGGCCAUAAAGGGUCUGACUCCAGAUCUGCACACUUCCUGUUCUGAGCGUCGGGUCCCGGGACACACCAGCAGCCCUUUGCCAAGCGGCGUCAUUGGAGAAGCGAGCGGGUGUUUCACAUAGAUGGAAGCGCACGUGGCAGGAGGACAAUAUGCCCCUGUGCGAUGAUCUUCACCGCAACACUUUCAGGGGGUCUCCCGUGGGCUGCAGUGUUUGUGCAAAUAACACGUGAUAUCGGACAGUGGGGCGUCUACACAAGUAGUCUACAGACACCGUCAACGUACCUUUACUGUGUAUCGGUAAUGCUGAAACCAUGUACUGUAUGCUAACUUUCCUCCUCUUUAUUUCAAUGAUGGGUUUUCAAUCAGCGCAACUAGCGCCAA